AUGGGCUACUAUGGCUACUGCGGCGACUGCAAGAAGUACGUCAUCUGCUACGAAAAAAUGCAGUCGUUUACGUGUCCAGAGUACCUCGUCUACAACUAUGUCACCGCCACCUGUGACUGGCCAAAGGAUGUGCCGAAAUGCGCGACCUGUGGCAGCAGCAGUGAUGUUGGCUUCUACAUCGUCCAGAACAUCAUCUACAACAUCUCUAGAGCCACCUCCCACUACAUCUGUAACAACGUCUCCCACCACUUCAUCUACGACUUCAGCUACAACUUCGCCGACGACCUCGAUGACUACUUCAGCAACGACCUCUGCUACCACAUCAGCAACGACUACAACGACAUCGUCAACUACCUCAGCAACAACGUCCCCAACAACCUCACCUACUACAUCUGUAACAACUUCGGUAACGACGUCUCCGACAACUUCAGGAACGACGUCCAAAACAACAUCAGCAACAACGUCUUCAACAACCUCAGCAACAACGUCCCCAACCACCUCGCCAACUACAUCUCCUACAACUUCAAUUACAACAUCUCCAACGACAAGUCCUACGACAUCUCCCACUACAUCAUAACAACGUCUGCAACCACAUCACCCACGACUUCACCUACAACGUCAAUUACAACUUCUGCAACCACAUCACCUACGACUUCACCUACAACGUCAAUUACAACCUCUGCAACCACAUCACCCACGACUUCACCUACAACGUCAAUAACAACCUCUGCAACCACGUCACCUACGACUUCACCAACAACAUCAAUAACAACGUCUGCAACCACAUCACCCACGACUUCACCUACAACGUCAAUUACAACCUCUGCAACCACAUCACCCACGACUUCACCUACAACGUCAAUGACAACUUCUGCAACUACGUCACCUACAACCUCUGCAACCACAUCACCCACGACUUCACCUACAACGUCAAUUACAACCUCUGCAGCCACAUCACCCACGACUUCACCUACAACGUCAAUAACAACCUCUGCAACCACGUCACCUACAACCUCUGCAACCACAUCACCCACGACUUCACCUACAACGUCAAUUACAACCUCUGCAACCACAUCACCCACGACUUCACCUACAACGUCAAUAACUACCUCGGCAACCACGUCACCUACGACUUCGCCUACAACAUCAGUAAUAACCUCUGCAACCACAUCACCCACGACUUCACCUACAACGUCAAUAACUACCUCGGCAACCACAUCACCAACGACUUCACCUACAACGUCAAUAACUACCUCGGCAACCACGUCACCAACGACUUCACCAACAACCGACUUCACCUACAACGUCAAUAACAACGUCUGCAACCACGUCACCUACGACUUCACCUACAACAUCAAUAACAACGUCUGCAACCACAUCACCCACGACUUCACCUACAACGUCAAUAACUACCUCGGCAACCACGUCACCAACGACUUCACCAACAACGUCAAUAACAACGUCUGCAACCACGUCACCAACGACUUCACCUACAACGUCAAUAACUACCUCUGCAACCACUUCAAUAACAACUUCUCCUGCAACCACGUCACCUACGACUUCACCAACAACAUCAAUUACAACCUCUGCAACCACAUCACCUACGACCUCACCCACAACGUCAGCAACAACAUCAUCAACUACGUCAGCAACGACUUCCCAAACAACAUCGCCGACAACUUCGGCAACUACAACGGACCCCUUCAACUGCGUGUACUCCUGUCCCGCCUCAGGUCAAACACAGGUGUACGCGGUCUGCAACUCGGGAUGCUUCAUCUACUGUAA